UCAGGCCUGGGCCGACUUGGGCCUUCCCUCCGGGUGUUUUGGACUCCAACUCCCAUCAUUCCUAACAGCCUCAGGCCCCUUCUUUUCCCUCAGUCGCUUAAGAGCCUGGAUGGCCCAACUCUAUGCCAGGUACCCAAUGAGCUCUCUUUGCCGCCCCCAGUGGACACAUGGAGAAUUGAUCUUCUUGAUCUUCUCCUUUGCCGCCACCAUGAGGCUGGAGUGGGAAACUACAUAACAAAGAAAGAAAAGAAAGAAGAUUGGGAGGAAGGUCUGGAAGUAGGAAGAUAGAGAAUGGAAGUAAAGAAAGAAAGAAGGGAGGAAAACAGGAAAAAGGAGGAUAUUUACAGAAGUCUUCCCGCAGCAGAUGGAAGGAGUCAAACUCAUCGUAAACAAAUCCUUCAGUAGCCAUUUUCAGGUGACCCACACCGUCCAUAUGAGCACAAUCGGCCAGUCGAGUUACCACUUCAGUGCCACCUAUGUCGGGGACCAGCAGCUAGGCCCAACGGAGACAUUCCCAACGCUUAUUGGGGAUAUUAACAACACUGGCAGCCUCAAUGCCCAAGUGCUGUACCUUCUGGCUGAGCAGAUCCGAACCAAGGCUGUGUUCCAGACUCAGCAGUCCAAAUUUGUGACUUGGCAGUUUGAUACGGAAUACCGUGGAGACGACUACACGGCCACCUUGACGCUGGGGAACCCGAACUUGAUCAGCGAGUCGAUUAUUGUGGUUGCGCACUUCCUGCAGAGCGUCACAUCGCGGUUGGUCCUGGGAGGCGAAAUGGUCUACCACCGGCGACUGGGAGAAGAGGGAGCCAUUGUCACCUUGGCUGGGAAGUACACAGCUCUCAAAUGGAUUGCCACACUCAACCUUGGCUACGGCGGGGCCCACGCCAGCUACUACCAUCGGGCCAAUGACCAGAUCCAGGUUGGGGUGGAAUUUGAGGCAAACACCCGACUGCAGGACACGAGUUUUGCCUUUGGGUAUCAGCUCACGCUGCCCAAGACCAACAUGGUUUUCAGAGGCUUCCUGGACAGCAGCUGGUGCGUGGGGGCCAUCCUGGAGAAGAAGCUGCCCCCGCUGCCCGUCACCUUGGCCUUGGGUGCCUUCCUCAACCACUGGAAACACCGCUUCCAUUGUGGCUUCAGCAUCAUCGUGGGCUGAGCAGCGCUUUGGGAGCUUGCCUCGUCCAGGAUUCAAUGUCGGCGGCACUUCUGGGUGGAAGGAGGCCCGGCUGCAUGUGUGUACAUGUGUGCGCGUGGGCACGUGGGGGCCGUCCGCCCCAAAAGCGUUCUGCAGCCG